GGGAGGUUGACAAUUGACUUGGAUCGUCAAUUCCAAUGCUUCGAGGAGGCGCGAGUGAACGCGGUCCUAGGAUCGCCCUCACUUCUCCUUAGAAGUGCCCUGGAAAGAUGCUAACUUAUAAAGCUUGUCCUCGUCUUCACUAUCCUCAGAGGAAAGCAGGCAUGGUAUUCGGCUUCGACACCUUUAUUCUCCAUUCUUUUCCUAUUGUUUGUCUGUCAUUCGCCUAGGCUACAGAUCGCCUCGUCUAGUACGCCUGUCCCCUCUUUGAUCACAAUCUCGAUUCAUAUUGCCAAUAAAAAUGGCCCGUUUCAGCCUCUCCAUCCUUUUCCUCUGCCUGUUUGUGGCUCUGAUGGCUUCUGCCAUGCCCAUCAAACGUGACGAUGUCGCCAAUGACAGCAACUCUGCCAUGGAAGGGCUCGAGUCCGCCGCCAAGGCGAUGAAGGAGAUGAUCCAAAAAUACAAAGAAGCGGAAGCCCAGGAGGCGAAUGACAACUCGAACACCGCGUCUGACAACCAGCCCGCCAACGCCGGCGAGACGGAGAACAAGAACAGCCCGAUGGACGACAGCACAACCUCCACUUCUACCACUCCUGCGGAAUCUACUCCAGCUGCCAGUGCCGCCGCUCAGCCUCCCAAGCCUAGCAACACCCACAUUGUGAAUAACAGUCCUCUAUCAAACUUGCCCCUUAUCGGUGGUCUGUUGAGCGGUGGUGGUUUGCCGAAUCUGUGAGAAAUGCACUUGGCCGAUGUCGUUAGUGGUGUGAUUGGGUACUGCCGGUGAUUCUGACAUUAGGUGUUUGUAUGUAUUGUUUCGAUGCCUGCGCGAGGCAUGAUCUUCAUGUUUCGAAUACUCUGAAUUAGGGAAAUUUUGGGACGUCUUGGGAUGUGGCUUAGUCGCAUGAACGGAUGCUAUAGAAUAGUCCUUAGGAUAGCUGAUCGAGCAAAGUGAAACACGAGAAUAAAAUAUAUGAGAU